AUGAGAAACUCGAGCAUGAAGAAGAUCACGCGUGUGGCCAUUUUACUUAUGGCCAUGUGGACCACCAGUCUCACGUUCUUCGUGCUCAUGGACACGACUGGUUAUCUAACAUCAAUGCGUGAUGGCGGGAAGAGACGUAAUAUUACGACAGCAGCCGUCUUAGUGAAGGACGACGAUGGUUCCAUAAAAGGAACAGUAAACCUGAAAAGAAAAAGUUUUGAAGCGAAAACGGAAACAAACAUUUCAAGUACAUUGAGCAAACGGUCCGUCCAAUCCGCCAUAAAUAACAACAUGAAAGUGAAUGUAGUGCACAUGGAAAUACGCAAGAGUAACGGAAGUAUUUAUAGAAGACCAGAACGCACUAAUCAGCAGAGUAGCGUUUGCAACGGAAACCAAGACCCUUGUAAAAUAAUAUUAAUGCGCAAUGAAGCUGCAGAAAGGCGAUACUAUACAAUGCGCAAAACAAAGGUAAACCCAAUAGAGCAUGAAUAUUUGAUAACGUCCGGACAACUUUGCGAUUCUGGUCCACCAUAUGUAUUAAUGGUAGUGCCUUCUGUGCCGAAACACUUUCAACCGAGACAAGUUAUAAGAACAACCAUGGGAAGAUUUGCAAAACCUACUAACAAAUUAAAACUAGCGAACAUUUCAUUCAAGCUUGUGUUUGUGGUUGGGAGAGAUGGGGAUACUCAAACCGACAAACUCAUCAAGAAUGAAAGUAGGACAUACGGUGACGUCGUGCAGGCGGAUUUCAUUGAUUCCUAUUAUAACCUGACCAGGAAAAUGUUAGUGACUUUAAAAUGGGUUUCAAUAUUUUGUGCGGAGAUAGAGUACAUGUUGAAAGCGGACGAGGACGUUUUUGUUAACAUUCCAUUACUAAUGAAGUAUUUGAAAAGCUUCCCGCAAAACAUUAAAGGUUCAAUUCACGGACAUGUGUACAUCAGUCCAUCUGUUGAACGACUUGGGAAGUGGGCUGUAAAACUGAAUGAAUUUCCGUUAUCCCAGUAUCCUAGAUACGCUUCCGGUAAUUCUUACGUAAUUUCCGGUAACCUCAUUCCGAGGAUGUUUAUGGUUUCGGAAUAUCUACCAUACAUGCCCAUAGAAGAUGCCUUUUUGACUGGAAUUCUUUCAAAAAUGGUGGAAACAAACUUAAUAAACCACGCAGGUUUUACCCAUUUCUCCGACAAGCAGCCACUAAUACCAUGUGAAUUCGCCUCAUCAAAUAGGAUAUCUGUGACAAAGGUCACUUCAUCAUUGAUGAGCAGACUAUGGAAAGCGUGUAACUGGUUUGAAUUUUAUUGUGGAAAUAAUUCCACAAGUAAAUUUUAG